AUGCUUACCAAGCAAAAGACACCACAGGAAACAACGGAAGAACAUGAAAAUCCCAUCUCGCUCUUCGACUCAAGCAUCAAGACAGAAGAGGAAGUGUGCCCGCUUUCGCUGGGCAAUGACAAUGAGGAUCCGUAUGCACAUCUGCCAGGUGUUCCAACACCAAAGCUGCUACAAGGACCACACCGGAUACCUCCAUUAUUCCCUUUCGCACGAACUACAGCCUACCUCCUUCUGUCUCCUGAUUCCACCCAAAAGACUCCCAAGUCGGUGAUUUUGCGGGGCGCAUCUCCACAAGGGCCUCUGGAGCUUGAGGUCCCGAUCCAAAGAUUGCCUGAGCCAGGCAAAAAGAUCCAUCAAUUGGCCGCGAAGAAAUUCAUGCAAGAGCUCGAGGAAGGUCGAGGCUGGAUCUGUGAUGCCAAAGACAACGAGAGUGGAAGGCUAUUGAAGGACAUUCAUCCCAGCUGUUUUGAGGAGAUCGUCCAACGUGAGGCCGUUCGAUUGGGGUUACGAUUCCAAGUGGGUGGGAAGUAG